AUGGCCACUCCUGAGGAUUUGGAGGCCAAUGCCGAGUAUAUUCGUAUGGCCGAUCAGUAUGUCGAGGUGCCUGGUGGAACCAAUAACAAUAACUAUGCCAAUGUCGAGCUGAUUGUCGAUAUUGCCGAGAGAACCAAUGUUCAGGCUGUUUGGGCCGGUUGGGGUCAUGCUUCGGAAAACCCCCAUUUGCCAGAAUCGUUGGCUGCUUCGCCAAAGAAGAUUGUUUUUAUUGGACCUCCUGGCUCGGCAAUGAGAUCUUUGGGUGAUAAGAUCAGUUCGACCAUUGUUGCUCAACACGCCAAAGUUCCUUGUAUUCCCUGGUCCGGUACUGGUGUUGACCAGGUUUCUGUUGAUAAGGAGUCUGGUCUUGUUUCUGUUCCUGACGAUGUAUAUAUUAAGGGUUGUUGUACUACCCCAGAAGACGGUCUUGAGAAAGCCAAGAAGAUUGGCUUUCCUGUCAUGAUUAAAGCUUCGGAAGGUGGUGGUGGUAAAGGUAUUCGUAAGGUCGAGCACGAGGAUAAAUUCAUUUCUCUGUAUAAGCAAGUCGAAGCCGAAAUUCCUGGUUCGCCUAUCUUUAUCAUGCAAUUGGCCGGUAACGCCAGACAUUUAGAAGUACAAUUGUUGGCGGAUCAGUACGGUAACAAUAUUUCAUUGUUCGGAAGAGAUUGUUCGGUUCAAAGACGUCACCAAAAGAUUAUUGAAGAGGCUCCUGUCACUAUUGCCAGACCCGAUACUUUCACUGCUAUGGAGAAGGCUGCUGUCCGUUUGGGUCAAUUGGUCGGUUAUGUCUCUGCCGGUACUGUCGAGUAUUUGUACUCUCACGCAGAUGAUAAGUUCUAUUUCUUAGAAUUGAACCCUCGUUUGCAAGUCGAACAUCCUACUACUGAAAUGGUCACUGGUGUUAAUCUUCCAGCAGCCCAAUUGCAAAUUGCCAUGGGUAUUCCUCUUCAUAACAUUCGUGACAUUCGUUUGUUCUACGGAGUUGAUCCCAAGACUCAAACUCCUAUUGAUUUCGACUUUUCCACUGAACUCAGUAAGAAGUCGCAAAGACGUCCUGUUCCCAAGGGUCACACCACUGCCUGUAGAAUUACUUCCGAGGAUCCUGGUGAGGGCUUUAAACCUUCCAGUGGUAUGAUGCACGAACUUAACUUCAGAUCGUCUUCUAAUGUCUGGGGUUAUUUCUCGGUUGGUAAUCAAGGUGGUAUCCACUCAUUUUCCGACUCGCAAUUCGGUCACAUUUUCGCGUUUGGUGAGAAUAGACAGGCCUCUCGUCAACACAUGGUUGUUGCUUUGAAGGAGUUGAGUAUUCGUGGUGAUUUCCGUACCACUGUUGAAUAUUUGAUUAAGUUGCUGGAGACUCCUGAUUUCGAGGACAAUACCAUCACCACUGGUUGGUUGGAUGAGCUUAUUUCCAAGAAACUUACUGCCGAGAGACCUGAUCCUUAUUUGGCUGUUAUUUGUGGUGCCGUCACCAAGGCUCAUGUCCAAUGUGAGGGUAUUAUCAACGACUACAAGACUUCUCUUGAAAAGGGUCAAGCUCCUUCUAAAGAGACCCUCAAGUCGUUGUUUGCUAUUGAUUUCAUCUACGAGGGUGAGAGAUACAAGUUCACUGCCACCAGAUCUUCUCAAGAUUCUUAUACUUUAUUUAUUAACGGAUCCCGUGUUGAUGUUGGUGUCCGGUCGCUUUCUGAUGGUGGUUUGCUUGUGUCCAUUGGUGGCAAGUCUCACUCUGUUUACUGGAAGGAAGAAGUCGGUGCUACCAGAGUAUCUGUUGAUGCCAAGACCUGUCUUUUGGAGGUCGAGAACGACCCCACCCAAUUGAGAACCCCAUCUCCUGGUAAGCUUGUUCGUUUCUUGGUUGAGAGUGGCGAGCGUGUCAAGGCUGGUCAACCUUACGCUGAAGUCGAGGUCAUGAAAAUGUACAUGCCUUUGGUUGCUGCCGAGGACGGUAUUGUUCAACUUAUCAAGCAACCCGGAUCCACGUUGGAAGCUGGUGACAUUCUUGGUAUACUUGCUCUUGACGACCCCAGCAGAGUCAAGCACGCCAAGCCUUUUGAGGGUCAAUUGCCUGAGUACGGUCCUAGCAGUCUCAUUGGUAACAAGCCUUCUCAAAGAUUCUAUGUUUUGCAUCACAUUUUGGAGAACAUUUUGUCUGGUUUCGACAAUCAAGUUGUUAUGAACAGCACUCUUAAGGAGUUAAUUGAGGUCUUGAGAAAUCCUGAAUUGCCAUAUGGUGAAUGGUCUCAACAAGCCUCUGCUUUGCACAGCAGAUUACCUGCUAAGCUGGAUGCUAAUCUGUCAGGAAUUGUUGACAAGGCCAAGCAACGUAAAGCCGAGUUCCCUGCCAAGCAGCUUUUGAAGGCCAUUGAGAAGGCUGCUCCUGAAAAGGCCAGUGAAGCUGGUAUCUACCAGUCGGUUGUUGAACCUCUUACCAAAAUCUGUGUUAGAUACUCCGAGGGUCUUGUUGCUCACGAGUACCACGUCAUUGCUAAUUUGCUGCAAGAAUACAUUGACGUUGAGAGUCUCUUUUCUGGCUCUCACUCUCGUGAGGAGGACGUUAUUCUCAGACUUCGUGAGGAGAACAAGGAUAACCUUAGAAAGGUUGUUAUGAAGGUGUGGUCUCACAGCAGAGUCGGUGCCAAGAACAAUCUUAUUCUUGCCAUUUUAUCGGAAUACCAACCAUCCAAGGUUGAUAGUUCUUUGAUUGCCGCUCACAUCAGACCUGUGUUGAAGAACUUGGUCGAGCUCGAGAGCAGAGCUACUGCCAAGGUCGUGCUCAAGGCCCGUGAAAUCCUCAUUCAAUGUGCUUUGCCUUCUCUCAAGGAGAGAUCUGACCAACUUGAACACAUCUUGCGUUCUUCUGUUGUUGAGUCAAGUUAUGGUGAGGUCGGUUUGGAGAGACGUACUCCUAGCUACGAAGUUCUUAGAGAGGUUGUUGAUUCUAGAUACACUGUUUUCGACGUUCUCAUUCAAUUCUUCACCCACCCUGAUCCUUAUAUCGUCUUGGCUGCCCUUGAAUUGUACGUCAGACGUGCUUCUAGAGCUUAUGUUAUUCCCGAGCUCACCUACCACAUGGACUCGAGUUCGCCUGCUGUUUGUUACAAGUUUAGAUUGCCUAACUUGAACAACGCUGCUUAUAACGCUCUUGCCAGCGCCAGUGCCGGUUCUAGCAAUGUCUCCUCUCCUGAUGGGGCUUCUUCUCCUGUCAGAACUCACUUUUCUAGAGCUAUUUCCAUUUCUGACUUGUCUUUCUUGAUUGGCAAGAACGACACUUCUCCUCUUAGAACCGGUGUUGUUGCUCCUGCUGCUUCUCUUGAUGAUAUCGACGAAGCUCUUUCUAGAGCUCUUGAGCUUUUCCCUAGAUCCAACGGUGGUCUUGAAAUCAAGGUUAACGGUGGCUCUUUGGCCCAACAAAGAGGUGUCCCCUCUGCUGCCGGAUCUAAUAACGGUAGCAACGGGCAAAAGAACCCAUUGACCAAUAUCUGCAGUGUUGUUGUUAGCGAUUCUGACCCAGAUGCCAGCGAUGACGAUAUUCUCGACAGAAUUGCCGAUGUUCUUGAAGACAACAAGGACGAUCUCGUUGCUUGUUCUGUUCGUCGUCUUACUUUCCUCAUUGGAGGAGAUGUUGGUGUUUACCCCAAGUACUUUACUUUCCGCGGUCCUGACUACCAAGAAGACAAGACUAUCCGUCACAUUGAGCCUGCUCUUGCUUUCCAACUUGAGUUAGGAAGAUUGUCUAACUUUGAAAUCAAGCCUGUCUUUACUGAUAACAGAAACAUCCACAUCUACGAAGCAGUUGCCAAGAACUCGUCUUCUGAUAAGAGAUUCUUCACUAGAGGUAUUGUGACUCCUGGCCGUAUCAGAGAUGAUAUUUCUACCCCAUCAUACCUUAUUUCCGAGGCUAACCGUCUCAUGACUGACAUUCUCGAUGCUCUUGAGAUUGUUGAAACUUCCAACACUGAUCUUAACCACAUCUUCAUCAAUUUUACUGCUGUUUUCACCUUGGAUCCCAAGCAAGUUGAAGACGCCUUUGGUGGAUUUUUGGAGAGAUUCGGUCGUCGUCUGUGGCGUCUUCGUGUCACUGGUGCUGAAAUUCGUAUCAUGAUUUCCGAUCCUACCUCUGGUGCCACUUUCCCUCUCCGUGCCAUGAUCAACAACGUAUCUGGAUAUGUUGUCAAGACCGACAUGUACGCUGAAGUUAAGAACAACAAGGGUGACUGGGUAUACAAGUCGCUUGGUGCCACUCCUGGUAGCAUGCACUCUAGACCUGUCAACACUCCUUAUCCUACCAAGGAAUGGCUUCAACCCAAGAGAUAUAAGGCCCAUCUUAUGGGAACCACCUACUGUUACGAUUUUCCCGAGUUGUUCCGUCAAGCUAUUAUCUCGCAAUGGAAGAAGGUUCCUAAUGCCAAGGUUCCUGAGGAUGUUUUCUCUUACUCCGAGCUUAUUAUUGAUGAGACUGAGCAAUUAUCCGAAAUUACCCGUGAGCCUGGUGCUAACAAUGUUGGUAUGGUUGCUUGGAAGUGUUUUGCCAAGACUGUCGAAUACCCUGCUGGUAGAAAGUUUGUUGUCAUUGCCAACGAUAUCACAUACAAGAUCGGUUCGUUUGGUCCUCAAGAAGACAACUUCUUCAACAAGGUUACUGAAUUGGCUCGUGCCGAGGGUAUUCCUAGAAUCUACCUUUCUGCCAACUCUGGUGCUCGUAUUGGUGUUGCUGAGGAGAUUAUUCCUUUGUUCUCUGUUGCUUGGAAUGACGCUGAGAAUCCUUCUAAGGGUUUCCGUUACUUGUACUUGACCCCUGAACACUACGAACAACUAAACAAGUCUGCUAAGAAGACUGUCAGCUGUGAACAUAUUGUUGAGGAUGGUGAAGUCAGAUACAAGAUCGAGUUUAUCAUUGGUGCCGAAGAUGGUUUGGGUGUUGAGUGUUUGAAGGGAUCUGGACUGAUUGCCGGUGCUACCUCAAGAGCUUACAAGGAUAUCUUUACCAUUACUUUGGUUACUUGUAGAUCUGUUGGUAUUGGUGCCUACCUUGUUCGUUUGGGUCAAAGAGCCAUUCAAAUUGAGGGACAACCCAUCAUCCUUACUGGUGCUCCUGCUAUUAACAAGCUUCUUGGUCGUGAGGUCUACAGCUCUAACUUGCAAUUGGGCGGUACCCAGAUCAUGUACCGCAAUGGUGUUUCUCACUUGACUGCCAAUGAUGACCUUGCUGGUGUUGAGAAGAUUGUUAACUGGAUGUCCUAUGUUCCAGCUCAAAGAAACCUUCCUGUCCCUAUCUUGUCUCUUGGUGACAACUGGGAUCGUGAUGUUGAGUUUGUUCCAUCUAAAUCUGAGCCCUAUGAUGUUCGUUGGCUCAUUGCCGGUCGUGAAAAUGGCGACCACUUCGAGGCUGGUCUUUUCGACAAGGGUUCAUUCCAAGAGACCUUGAGUGGAUGGGCCAAGGGUGUCGUUGUUGGUAGGGCUCGUCUUGGUGGUAUUCCUAUGGGUGUUAUUGGUGUUGAGACUAGAGCUGUGGAGAACAUGAUUCCUGCUGAUCCUGCCAACCCCGAUUCUACUGAAGUCAUGGUCCAAGAGGCUGGUCAAGUUUGGUACCCCAACUCUGCUUUCAAGACUGCUCAAGCCAUUAAUGACUUUAACCACGGUGAGCAACUCCCCUUGAUGAUUCUUGCCAACUGGAGAGGUUUCUCUGGUGGUCAACGUGACAUGUACAACGAGGUCUUGAAGUACGGAUCGUACAUUGUUGAUGCUCUUGUUGACUUUAAGCAACCUAUUAUGACUUAUAUUCCUCCUACUGGUGAACUCCGUGGUGGUUCUUGGGUUGUUGUUGACCCUACCAUCAACAGUGAUAUGAUGGAGAUGUAUGCUGAUGCUGAGGCUCGUGCUGGUGUUUUGGAACCCGAGGGAAUGGUUGGUAUCAAAUUCCGUCGUGACAAGCUUCUCAGUACUAUGAAGCGUCUUGAUCCUAAAUAUGCUGAACUUUGUCGCGAAGCUGAACGCAAGGAUAUUACUCCUGCUGAGACCAGCAGCAUCAAGGUUAAGUUGGUUGAACGUGAGAAGUUGUUGUUGCCCAUUUACCAACAAAUCAGUGUUCAAUUCGCCGACUUGCACGACCGUGCCGGUCGUAUGGAAGCUAAGAACACCAUCCGCAAGGUGCUCGACUGGCAAAACGCGAGAAGAUUCUUUUUCUGGCGUGUGCGUCGUCGUGUGAAUGAAGAGUACCUCAUCUCUCGCAUUGCCAAGGCUCUUCCUAAGUCUACUAGACUUGAGCAAUUGGCUAGAUUGAAGUCUCUCUAUACUGGACAUGUUGAGAACCCUGAAAGUGAUAGAGAAGUUGCUGAGUGGCUCGAAGCCAAUGCUCAAAAGCUUACUGCUGCCAUUAGUCAACUUGCUGCUGACUCUUCUGUUCAACAGAUUAUCUCUACAUUACGGUCUGCCACUGGUGAGACUGCCGUUCGUGCUGUCACCGAAGCAUUCAAGACCCUUUCUGCAUCCGACCGUGAAGCUGUCCUGAAGUCUCUUCAGUCAUAG